AUGUUUAAAUCCAGUGUUUUCACUCUACUGAUGUAUUUUACCGUUUCUAUAUUGGCUUUGAAAAAUGUUGAAGGGUCUCGCCCGGUUCUAGAAAAGACAGUGGAAACGUUAUUCGCUGAUAGAUCUGAAGUUAUACACCCCGCAACGUGCAAAAUAAUCACAUCAUCUCCACGGCAAUCAAAAAUGUGCAAAAGGGAGCCCGGCUUACCAAACAUACUACUUACUGCAAAGAAACAAGCAAUAACCGCUUGCGAGGAAACCUUUCAAUACGAUAGGUGGAACUGUUCUCUCGUUUUCAACAGGAAAGCUAAAAGGAGUAUCUUCAAAAAACUUUACAGGGAAACAGCGUUUAUACAUGCUCUUGUAGCGGCUUCCAUAACCCACGCAGUCGCAAGAGGCUGUGCUUCGGGCGAGCUAUCCAGAUGUUCUUGUUUAGGCAGCUUCAAAAACGCCUCUAAUGUGCAGAUGAGAGGAGGCUGCGGAGAUGAUUUCAAGUUCGGAAAAAGAUUCACAAAGAACUUUCUGGAAUGGAAAACAGCGGGGAACGAUCAAAUCGCGGAUGUGCUAAAACAAGAUGUUAGCAUUGGUAUAGAUUCGAUUGGGGAACAAUUAAAAGAGGUUUGCAAGUGUCACGGGUUUUCCGGUUCGUGUACGACGAAAACUUGCUGGAAAAGACUAGGACCUUUUAAUUCAGCGAUGGGUUUGCUUAAGAAGCAUUACCACCACUCUGUUAAGAGAAAGCUGGUUAAUUAUACUUCGAAAAGGGCUGUCACACCUAAGCUGAGAAGGAAAUUGAAGAAGGAUCAGAAGAAUUUGGUUUAUUUGCAGAAGACGCCAAACUUGUGUGGCAGUACCAAGGGAAGGAUUUGUAAGGACAGACAUAACUGUGCAACUUUGUGCUGCGGCCGCGGAUUUGUGGUAGGCCAGAAGUCAGUGACUUAUAGGUGUAGAUGCAAAAUGGUGGAUUGCUGUUUUGUUAAGUGUGACACUUGUGUCGAAGACGUGGACUUCUAUACCUGUAAAUAA